AUGUAUCUACAAGUGAUAGUUGUGUCUUUUUUGAUUUUAUUGCUAGGCGGGCUUAUAGGUUUUCUAGGCUUUCCUAUGCUUUUUGAAACAAUGGUGAAAAAGAGCGUUACUUUGAAGCCAGGCAGCGAAACGCGUCAGAUAUGGGAGAAGCUGCCAUUUCCCAUGACUUUUAAGGUUUAUGUUUUUAAUGUAACCAAUGUGCAGGAAAUACAAAAUGGUGGCAAGCCCGCAUUGCAGGAAGUGGGACCAUUUGUAUUCGAAGAGUGGAAGGACAAGUACAAUGUGCAGGACAUUGAGGACGAAAACGCUGUAAGCUUUAAUAUGCGCAAUACUUUUAAGUUGCGCAUAGAUUUAGGUCUAAGUGGCAAGGAAAUUAUAACUCUGCCACAGCCACUGCUGCAGUUUAUGGCCAUAGCGACGCUAGGACAAUCAGCUGAAGUGCACGCUGCUGUGGCGUUGGGUUUAAAUGCGCUCUUUAAGCCACAAACUGCUUUCAUAACCAGCACGUUUAUGGAGCUAUUCUAUGAGGGCUUUGAUAUAAACUGCGCUCAGGUGGAGCCCGCUGCUGAGGCCAUUUGCCAGCAGCUGCAAGCUGGCGCUGUCGCUGGUGCUGUGCCCGUCAAUGCAACACACUAUAAGUUCUCAUUACUUGGCGCCAGCAAUCACAGCAAUGCUGGACACUUUAAGGUGCAACGCAGCAAGCCUGUGGGACGAGUGCUGCAGUUUAAUGGCCUGCAGCAGUUGCAUAAUUGGCCAGAGGUUAACGCUAGCUGCAACAGCUUACGCGGCACAGAUGGCACCAUCUUUGCGCCAUUGAUGAGACCACAACAAGGCUUAUGGAGCUACUCUGCGCAGCUUUGUCGCUCGCUGUCACCCAAGUGGAUGGGCAAGACCAAAUAUGCUGAACUGCCCGCUCAACGCUAUGAGCUAGACCUUGAUGCAAGCGAAUUGAGUUGCUUUUGCACAACAUAUCCCACGGAUUGUCCAGCGCAGGGCACAAUGGAUUUAUUGCGUUGCAGUGGCGCACCUUUAAUCGCUUCCUUGCCUCAUUUUUAUCAAGCAGAUCAGCAACUGCUGCAGCAGGUCUCAGGACUAGCGCCCACAGCGUCCAAGCAUGCAUCAGUCAUAAUCUUUGAACAGUACUCCGGCACUGUGCUCUCUGUAUACAAUCGCUUGCAGUUCAGUUUGAAAGUAGCGCCUGUUGAGCAAGUGCCGGUCAUGUCCAAGCUGCGUCCAUUAGCUAUGCCGAUUUUCUGGAUUGAAGAAUCGCUGCAGCUGGAUGAGUCCAUUACCAAAGUGCUGCACAAAAAGAUAUUUGCGCAAGCUCCCUGGGCCUUGUGCUGGGCAUCCUCUUUAGGCAGCUAA